AUGACAGUGACAACCAGGGCCCCAGGCCUAUUCGGCCGAGCCACUCGAUCCCUAAGCUCCACCGAAUCUCGUGUUCUCUCCCUCCCACGGCGUCACGUCCCAGCGCAAUGCAGUAAAGCCUACACACCAGCACCGCGACCGCAACCGCGCAAUGCCGCAAACCCCCUCCUCAGUUCCAAGAACUUCUCCUCGAGCGCCUUCAUCGCGCGCGCCAAAACAAUGGGCGAGCUGAAGUCGCGCAACACGACGGGCCCGUUCUCAUGGAAGGCGGCGCUGCUCUUCCUCCUGACGGGCGCGGGCAUGAUGGUCUACUUUAAGAUCGAAAAAGAGCGUCUGGAGCGCAAGCGCAUCGCGGAGAUGAGCAAAGGGUACGGCAAGCCUAAGGUCGGGGGCCCAUUUGUGCUGAAGGAUUUGAACGGGAAUGAGUUCACGCAGGAGGAUCUGAAGGGGAAAUACAGCUUCGUAUGCAGCCCUCUUUCUUUUUGCGUCGGGCGCGAAGCAUUUGCUCACUGGUUUCUUCAGGUCUACUUUGGUUUCACGCAUUGCCCGGAUAUCUGCCCCGACGAGCUGGACAAGAUGGCCGAGAUCAUCGAGAAGGUCAAGGCGGAGACCAAAGACGAGAAAUUGUUUCUGCCUGUUUUCAUCACCUGCGAUCCGGUCCGUGACACGCCCGAGGUACUGCGCGAAUACCUCAAGGAGUUUCACCCGGGUAUUGUGGGCUUGACGGGGACAUACGAGCAGGUGAAGAACGUCUGUCGGCAAUACCGGGUGUACUUUAGUACGCCCCGGGAUGUGAAGCCUGGCGAGGAUUAUUUGGUGGAUCAUAGCAUCUACUUCUAUUUGAUGGAUCCCGAUAAUGACUUCGUGGAGUGUAUCGGGCGCCAGGAUACACCCGAGUCGGCGGCGAAAGUGAUUCUCGAGCAUAUCAAGGACUGGCAGCGCGAGGGCAAACCACUGAAGACGGAGUGA